UCCAGCCUCAGAUCCUGAACCGCAAGAACAGCAAGAAUCAGCGGCGCCCGCGAUGGUGUGCGCUAAGUGCGAGAAGAAGCUCGGGAAGGUGAUCGUGCCUGACAAGUGGAAGGAGGGCGCCAGCAACACCAACGAGAGCGGCGGCCGCAAGAUCAACGAGAACAAGCUCCUCUCCAAGAAGAACAGGUGGACUCCGUACGGAAACACCAAAUGUAUAAUCUGCAAGCAACAGGUGCACCAGGACGCAAAAUAUUGCCACACCUGUGCUUAUUCAAAAGGAGUGUGCGCAAUGUGUGGGAAGCAAGUGUUGGACACGAAGCUCUACAAGCAAAGCAACGUGUGAUCUUAGCUGCACUAAACUGCUAAUGACUUGUAUGAAAUCUUGUACUCUCAAUACAUUCAAGCUGUCAACACUCAACAGUAGUUGUGUCUUAACAGACAGU